GAGACGUCGACGUCUUCUUUUUAUGUCACACUAUAUCGUUGAAAUAGUUUCGCGCUUUUUUGUUCUGUCCCCCGAAAGUUUGUUGGACAGUUAGAUACUGAGGAUCUCUUAUUCUAACACUUCCAAUAUCUACACUUACACUAAAUUUUACGCUACACAACACCAAAAUCCGCGAGUAUUCAAAUAGUGACGGUCGAGUUGACAAAAGUGAACGUGACUUAUUCGUACGGAGACUGAGUUGUCAGGCCGUUUUUGCCAAGUGACUGAUGACAGUGGAAGACGAUCAAACUUCUUCUGGCAAAAUGUCAGAUGCUGGACACACUGGUGUGAAUCAACUUGGAGGCGUAUUUGUUAAUGGGCGUCCACUCCCGGAUGCAACACGUCAAAGAAUCGUGGAUUUAGCGCACAAAGGAUGCCGUCCUUGUGAUAUUAGUCGUCUAUUACAGGUUUCCAACGGGUGUGUCUCCAAAAUCUUGUGCCGGUACUACGAGUCAGGCACAAUCCGACCACGAGCAAUUGGUGGCUCAAAACCAAGGGUGGCCACGAGUGACGUCGUCGAGAAAAUUGAAGAUUACAAACGUGACCAACCUAGCAUUUUUGCAUGGGAAAUCAGAGAUAAACUGCUAGCUGAUAAUAUCUGCAACAACGAAACAAUACCAAGCGUAUCUUCUAUAAAUAGGGUUCUACGGAAUUUGGCUGCAAAAAAGGAGCAAGUCACAAUGCAAACAGAGCUUUACGAUAGAAUUCGAAUAGUUGAUAACUUUCCUUACAAUUCCAGUUGGUAUGGUCAAUGGCCAAUACCGAUGAAUGGAGCAGUUGGAUUAAACCCAUUCGUUCCUGCACCACUCAUCGAACCAAAGACUGAAGGAGAGUUUGAGAAAGAUGAGGACCAAAAACCUCCAACUGAGCCAGAAGAUGACGCGGCAGCCAGGAUGCGAUUGAAACGGAAGUUGCAAAGAAACAGAACCUCGUUUACGCAAGUCCAGAUUGAGAGUCUUGAAAAAGAAUUUGAAAGGACUCAUUAUCCAGAUGUUUUUGCAAGGGAGCGUCUUGCGCAGAAAAUUCAACUACCAGAAGCAAGAAUACAGGUAUGGUUCUCGAAUCGGCGGGCAAAAUGGAGGAGAGAGGAAAAGAUGAGAAACAAGCGAUCAUCCGGCACCAUGGAUUCAUCAUUAUCCAAUGGAACGCCAACGCCAACGCCGGGAUCAGUGACUGGAAGUAACAUGACAAAUCCGAUUGGAUCUCCGGCCAGCACGCCGAAUCGAUUCCCUUCCAACAAUUCGGCAAAUCUACCGACAACAAACUUUGUGCCUCAAACGAGUCAGAUGUAUGCUGGGCUCAGUCAGCCAGCAAUGGAUCCAUAUUCAUUUGGAAUUGCCAAUGGUUUUUCAAUGGCUCCAUAUCCACAAGUAACAGAUUUCCAACCACAUCACAUGUUCCAAGGAAGAUCGCCGUAUGAUUUCCCAUAUCCAAGAAUGCCGACCAAUGGGCAUGGUUUCCAACAAUCAAUGAGUCCGGCAACAACGGCGGUAGGAGACAUUCCGACACUUUCUUCUGGAAUGAGCCUACCGGUUUCUGCAGUGCUCAAUUCCAUUGACCCGUCUCUGACUCACUCACAAAUGCAUGAACUCAGCGACCUCACACAAGAACAUUAUUGGAGACCUCAGUAGAGAAUAGUUCUAAAGCAGAUUGAAUAUAUAUAUCCCUAUUAAAUUUUAAGACAUUAAUUUCAGUUUGUCUACCAUUUUUUUGUCAUUCCCUUUAAUUCCAGUUCCAGUCCACAUCAUCAUCUCGUUCUUUUCUUUUGGUUCAAUUUCUUUUCCUGGCCAUAAACUUCUGGGUUCAUCUGAAUUUCUCAAAUCAAUUAUGAAAUCAAAGUCUAAUCAUGGUUUCAUUUGUCACUUUUUAAAUGUUAACUCAAUUAAUUUUUAAUAGAAUCAAUGCAAAACUUUCUAUGAGCUUUUUAUAUUAUUUCACCCCGUGGUCCCUUUUUCCUUCAUUCAUGAGCUGUCACAUAUUCAAUCCCCAUUCCUUUAUGCUAGAUUUUGUAGACCAGUGACUUUUGUUGUCCCAUUUAAAUGGAACAUGUAGAGUAUUGCUCUACAGAAUAUCGUGCACAAAAUGACAUUUGCCCCACGUCCCCCCCCCCCCCUCUCCUUAAAUUUCAAACUUCUUCCAGAGUUUUCAAUUGUAUCACAUAUUUUUUAUUCUGUUGAGCAUGAAAAUUGUUUUUCCGUUUUCAAACUAUAUAUUCUUAGGUUCAACUAUACAAUUCAAUUGAUUAUGACAUAUUGAAAACGAAAAAAAACUGUUGUUAUCAUUAACUCUGAUUUGUCAGUAUUUUCUCAAUUUUUUAAACCUUAGAAAUCUACCCACUUUCCAUGUAGAGUGUCAAUUAAAUUUUAUCUUGGAGUGAGCGAUUUUGGAACUUAUAGUGAAAAAUGAAAAAGUUUCAAUUGUUUCAUAUCAUGCAUUCUAUCUGGUUGUUUUCUUUUUUUCCAAAUUUUGACCAUUUCCUUCCUCUCUUGAACCGUUCUCUCAUUGUUAUAUUUGUCGAAAAGUAAAAUACCUAAUGUAAUAAAAUGUGUACUCUUAUAA